AUGGCUGAUACGACAGUCGGAGAUAGUUGCGCAGGAUGUGGUCUGGCAAAGAAGAAAAUGUCUGGCUACAAACAGACUGUGAGCAAUGAAGAAGAAGCGACAACCCUUUCAGAUGUUUUUGCAAGAACGGUGGUGGUUAAUGAUAUUCUAUGCAUAAAAUGUGCUGGGGCUGCUCGUUUCGCAAGGUCAAAACAAAGAAAACUUGAACAUGUUCCUCAAACUGAAAGUCAAGAAUCCAGUUCAUCUUCAGAAGUCGCUUCUCAACCUUCUCAUAGUGAUCCGCCAUUCCAACUAUCGAAAAAGUUAUUAGUUGAUAAUAAAAAAGAAGAAGAGACCAUUGAGUUGCCAUAUAGAAGAAUCACUUCUACGCAUAAUUCUUGUUGUUUGUGUGGAAAAAAAUCUGGGUUCAUUUCUGUACCUUUCGAAGCGCGUCACCAAGUUUUUGUUGAAAAACAAAUCUUCAUUCCAAAAGGGAAUAGAUGUUGCACAAUUCAUCUGAUAAACAAAAAAUUCUAUGCAGAUGAAAUAAAUAAUUUGACAGUCGUUUCUCAUUCAUCUUUGGUUACAGUCGAUGACAUAACUAAAUUAUUCCAAGCUUUCACUGUAACUUCAGAUAGAGAACUACAUCACAGAGUCGGCGACUUUGCUAUAUCUGAAAAAAGAAUUCAAACUUUUACUGGACUUAACUGGGAACAGUUAAUUCGAUUGCGAGAAAUGAUGACUUCUUUAAGGAAUACGGAUAAUCGCACCGUAAACCAAGCUCUAGUGAUUUUUCUAUUCAGAUUGCGAACUGGAAAUUCAAACGAAAUGAUUAGCUCUGUCUUCGGUCUAGACCGACCUCAGCAAGUAUCUGAAUUUUCAAAAUCAAUUUUAAAAUCAUUUGAAAAAGAUGUAUUACCUUCGCGCUUCGGGUUGAAAGCUGUAAAUAGAAAUGACUUGAUUGAAAACCACUCAACAAUUCUCCUCCAGAAACUUCACAAUAUAAAAGACAGUAAUCUCACAUUGGUUGGUGAUGGAACCUACUUGAAACAUCAGAAGAGCGCCAAUAACGAAUACCAAAGGAGGUCCUACUCGGGACACAAGAAGCUUCCUUUAUGUAAGCCCUUCACUAUUUGUACUACUGAUGGAUAUAUUGUUGAUGUGCUUGGGCCUUUCUCCGCCAAAGACAAUGAUGCCAAGAUUUUGGAACAACUGCUAACUGAAAAUGAUGAUUUGAAAAAUCUUAUGUGUAAAGCAGGUGACGUUUUCGUACUCGACCGUGGAUUCCGUGACGUACUGCAACUAUUAGAAAAUAUGAAAUACCGAGUUCUCAUGCCAUCCUUAAAAAAACAAGGAGAAAAGCAAUUAACAGCAGAAGCAGCGAAUAAUUCUCGCCGUGUUACAAUGAUUCGGUGGGUUGUAGAAGCUGUUCAUGGUGCCGUGGCUCAAAAAUAUAAAAUUUUCCACCAGCAACUAGAUAAUCGCUUUCUAGUCGAAGCCAGUCUUUAUUGUAAAGUCGUUUGUUUUUUAAUUAAUGAAUUCGGGAAACGGCUGGUGUCUAGAGCUUCUACAAAUGAAGAUAUUCUCAAUCAAGUAAUUUCAAAACACGGUACGGAAAAUACUUUAGCUGAAGAUGUAGCGACAGGAAGAUGGAGUCGCCGAACGAGUGAAUUUACAAAAUUGAGUUCCUCUGAUGUGGAUGAUUUUCCAGAAAUGACAGAAAAUGAUCUAAUUACGCUAUUUACUGGAACUUAUCAACUGCAGCAAUCGAUUUCUUAUUUGGCAGAAAUGAUAGAUGACAAUAAUGAGAUGACUGUGCAGUUUCAUAAAGAUGUAGAGAACAUUCUCAAAUUGCGUGUGAGAUCGAGGCAUAUUGAAAAAAAGACUUACAACUGUUACAUCGAUUACAAACCCAAUUCAAUUGGAUGUGGUGGAAUUCAGCGAUAUUAUUGCGAAUGUGCUAAUGGGAUGCGAACGAUCGGUUGUUGCUCUCAUGUUGCUGCAGUUGUUUACUAUUUGUCUCAUGCUAGAUAUUUGUCUCGCAUUCUUCGACCUGCAGAGCAUCUCACCAAGAUUUUUGAACGAAACGAAGUCGUUCCCGUUAUAGAAGAAGACAGCGACGAAGAUUCAUAG